UUGUUGAACCCUAGUUAAACCCUUUCUCCACUUCCCUCCACUUUAGCCCCAAAUUGCAUUAGGGCUCAAUCGGAGAGCAGCAAAUAGAAUUUUAUUGCGCAAUCGCGUAAUCGAAGAGUGCGAAUUUCAUGGGUAAGCUAGGAAAGAAGGCGCGAAAAUUUGCGAAGAAGCAUCUUCAGUCUGUGCUGAAGCAGCGGCGAAAAACGAAAGCUUUGUUCAAGAGGAAAGCUCCAAAAAACGGGAAAAAUGACUCCGAGGAGGAGACAGUGGAUGACUAUGCAGGCACUUUUAAUGGAAGGAACAGUGAACCCGAGAGCACUGUAAUUACUUCUCUUGAUGCAGCAUUCACUGAAAAUGAAACAGAUGAGAUUGCACUUGCAUCAGAUAGUGAUGGUUAUCUUUCGGAGGAUCCAAGUUGCCCAUACUCGGUGGAGAGUGAAACGGAGAAAACACUAGAAGAUACAAUUGUUACUGUCUAUUCAGCUCAGAACAACAAAAUUCACUCUGAUCUCGCUGCUCUAAAGAAGAAACUGGAUAGGCUGAGAAAGAAGGAUCCAGGAUUCAACAACUUCUUAGAAAGCUUCAAAAGCAGCGCUGAGACAAUUCAGAAUGAUGAUUCAUUUUCAGAUGAAGGUGAUUCAAGCGAUCACGAGGAGCAGGGUGAAGAUGACCUGGUCAAAGAUAAAGAAAAAUUUCUCUCUAAUCAAGUCAUUGUUACAUGGUGUCGAAUGGUCAAAGAAGAUAAUAGCCAGUCAGCAUUUGUUGGCCUGCUAAAUGCCUACCGCACAGCAUGUCACUAUGGAGUUGAAUCAGUUGGCCACAAAAUCGACAGCAGUGAAACAUUUUGCAACAUUCUCAUAUUUACACUCUCUAAUGCAGAUGAUGUAUUUCGAGGCAUGUUUCAAAUAUCAUCUUCGAACAGCAAAAAGGAGACAGUAGAAAAACUACAGAAAAACUCAAAGUGGAAAAGCAUGAAAUCUCUUGUCAAAUCUUUUGUGAGAAGUACAUUGUUUUUGUUGGAUCAGAUUACUGACUCAGAAAUUCUGACUUUUGCAAUGGCGAGGAUUCGAGCUUCUCUGAUAUUCUUUGUUGCCUUUCCAUCUCUGGUUCAACGGCUCCUUAAGGCAACAGUUCAUUUGUGGGCAACCAGCGGAAGGGUCUUAUCAUCAGCUUCCUUUCUUGUCAUAAGGGACGUUGCUGCUAUGUUUGGUUCAGAUCACUUUGAUACCUGCUUAGCGAAAACCUCCAGAUCAUUUCUUUCUCGAUCUAGAGUAACUGAGAUCACUGACAUAGAACAUAUGGAAUUUUUAAGGGAUUCCGUAGUAGAAUUGUGCUGUCUAGAUGUGCAAAAAUCAUCUGUUAAAGCUGUUGCUUCUUUAAGUCAAUGUGCAAAGAUAUUUAGCUUGGCCACACAAACAAAGAAAAAGGAAGCUGUUAAAAAAAUUUGCAGUUGGGAAUAUGUUAACUGUGUUGAUAUGUGGGUUAGAUUCAUAUCAGCAAAUAUACGCGACUUUGAUCUUCAGUCCCUGUUCUUUAUGACCGUAAAACUUAUUAAUGGUGUAGCUCACAUGUUUCCCGGUCCAAGAUAUUUACCUCUGAGACUCAAGUCCAUUGAGUGGCUGAAUUGCCUCUCCAGUUCGAGUGGAACUUUUAUACCAGUUGCUUCAUUAGUACUGGAUAUUUUGGAAUAUAAGGUUGCCGGGGAGGGAAGAAAAGCUCAAAUUGCAUUCGAUACUGCGUCGGUCUUGAAGCUGCCCAAGCACUACCUAAAAUCAAAAAGCUUUCAAGACGAAUGCUUUCAGUCUGCUGUCAAACAGCUUGCCUUUCACUUUUCUCAGUGGAGCUUCCAUAUUUCCUUCCCUGACCUGGCUACUAUUCCACUAAUCCGCCUGAGAAGGAUUCUUGAUAUCACAACUCUAGAAAGCUUGCGUCGCAUUGUGAAGCGUAUGAUUGAUCAGGUGGAGCAGAAUGUGGACUUUGUGCAGAAGAAAAGGGAAGAUGCGCCUUUCUCCCCUCUUGAUCAUCAAUCAGCAGAUUCUUUUCUUCAGCUUGAAAAGUCCAGUCUCAACUCUCCAUUUACUCAAUAUUACAGAAGUGUACUGGACAAGGCUUGUGAAAGAAAGUUGCAUAAAUUUGAUAAGAAAAGUUUGCCAGAGCUGAAAACUUCAAAAAAGAAUGCUGCAAAACCCAAAAGAAAACCAGUGGCUGCUAAAGAUCACCCUGCUGAAAAUGGAAUGGUGAAUAGUAAACGAAGGAGGAAGGGGAGCCCUUGAAGCUCAGUUAUAAAUUAUGGCCCAUCAAAGCUUGGUAAUUCACCCAAUUUUGGAAUCAGAAUACUAGAUUCACAUUCAAUAUAGCUUUCUUCUUUUCUCAUUGUUGUAUUCUAUUCGCUGAGUUCAAUGUAUCUGGAGAUCGUAACUCUUUUUUUAUUAUCAAAAUUGAUAGAGAGGAAUUUGCUUAGCAUCA